UUUGUGUUGUAAUUUGAAAAAUUGUUUGUUUAGUUUUCAGAUAUUUCUCCGCAAAAACAAAUUCGCAACAAUGUAAGAUUAUUGACUUUUAAGCCAAUUUUAAAACAAAUUUCUUGCAGAUUAUUAAAAAAGAGGCUGAAAAAUUGGAAAAAGUAUGUUUCAAAUUAUAAAACAGAAAAGGCGAAAAUCUAUUAAAAAUGACAGAAAAAUAAUUUCCAUUUCUAAUAUUUUAGUUGAAAAAAUGAAAAAUAUUAUUUGAAAAUUCAUAAAAAUUAUAUAAAUUUUUUUUACAGCUAUAUUCGAUUUAAAGUAUAACAAAAAAUUCACAGACUUUUUUUGGCAAGAGUAAAACUUCACACCUUUGAGCCUGAAAAUAAACAUUUUGCAGCAAAAAUACAUGGGCAGGUCAAAAAUUACAGAUAUAAAAAAUGUUUUGGAAUUUUUGGCAACUUGGUGGCCAAACGGCCGUGGGCCGCUCAAAAAGUGUAAUUUUGAUUUCAUAAACUGAUCAAAAAUCAGAGAAAAAAUAAUUGUUUGAACUCGCAAAAUAAUCUUACAGCUACAAAAGUCACAGUUCUCGAUAAAGCGCCUUUCGAUAUCAAAUUAAUUUCAUUGAUGAGAAAGUUGUAGCCAUAUACCUGACCAUUGAUUAAAUUUGUCACUACUUUUUGUUUUUCUCAUUCUUGUUUCAUUAAUUAUUGUUUGCCAUUGCGAAAAGUUUUUUCUAAAAAUGCCAAAAAACUACCCAUCAUUCAUUGUGGAUGCAUUCACAAAAACGAGCUUCGGUGGAAAUCCAGCUGCCGUUUGUUUGAUUCCAAAGGCACUAUCUGACAGAGAAUAUUUGAAAAUUUCAUCAGAAUUCAAUUUAUCGGAAACCGCAUUCCCAAUACCAAUUGGAGCAUCGUCAGACUACAAACAAUGCUCUCAGUUUUCUCUCCGAUGGUUUACUCCAACAAAUGAAGUUCCAUUAUGUGGACAUGCAACCUUGGCAACUUCUCAUGUGUUGUUCAAUGAAAUUGGAAAUGUUAACGCAGAAAUCAAAUUUGAAACCAAGUCUGGAACUCUGACAGUUCGAAAGGAUGAGCUUGGAGAUGUGGAGAUGAAUUUUCCAGAAUAUGAGUUAACAUCUAUCAAGUUCAAAAAUAUUGAAAACUCGCUUCAUGGGGUCUUUUCUGAAUUAGAGGCACCAGAUUUUCUUCAGAAUGUGAUUAGCUGCGUGGUUCCAAUUGAGAUCAAUAUUGAAUCCGUCGUCUUCGCUCCAAAAGCUAAUGUAUUAAACGUGGUGAUUGACCCGAAAACUACGAAAUUUGAGUUUGAAGCUUUUAAAAGCAACAACUCAAAAAUGCUCGAACUUCACGAUGGAAGUAUAGUCCGGGGACUUGUUGUUUCAAUGAGCCCAUCGAAUCCAGUUGCACAGGGAUUUAUCGAUUCUUCCGGAAAACCAUAUGACUACGCGUGCCGCUAUUUUGCUGUCUGGGAUGGAGUAAAUGAGGACCCUGCAACUGGCUCCGCACAAUGUUCUCUCGGACCUUUUUGGUCGAAGAUUCUCGGAAAGAAGGAUAUGUACGCAUUACAGGCUUUUCCAACUCGCGGAGCCCAAUUUCGAGUAAGACUCCAAGAUGGUCGUGUUAUUUUGAACGGAUCUUCUGUCACUGUUCUGAGAGGAGAGAUAAUUAUUCAUUGACCUUUCAAAUUGAAAUCUGUCUUUUUUCGCUUGACUAACUUUUCAUUAAUAUGAAGAAUUAAAAAAAAUCAUGGCUUCAAUUCAAUUAUGCUAUCACAUCACAGUCUAUACAUUUGUUUUUUUUCAUUUUUUUUUUUAACACAUUUGGAACGAUUCUAAAAACAUGAUCCAAGAAUUAAUACAUUUUUAACCAUACCGUGGAACUUGGAUCUUUUAUUGUUUUUCUGUUUCAUAUAAGCGAAUAAAGCCCAAGCCUGAGCUUGAG